ACGUCAUUUCGCAGACGUUGGUACCACUGACUGUCGUUGCCGUGGUUACCAACUUUCAUACAAACAACGAGGCGCCAUGUCGGAUUUAUUAGCUAAUCAAGGAAUUUUUUUCGAUGAAGUCGACAAAGUCUGCAUUUUGGAACCAGAAGUGGCCAAACAAACCAACGACUUGAAAGAAGAAUGCCAGAUUUACGUGGAAAAAAUGGACGAAUUUCAAAAAAUUGCGUCAAGGUUUAUCCAAAUGAUCGAGGUUUUGGGAAAGGAGGUGGAAAGCCAGAAAAUUAAAGCUAUUGGGGCCCGCAAUAUACUCCAAAGUAUGGAAAAACAGAAGGAAAAUAACCAACAACAGUUGCAAGCUGUAAUUACUGAAAAGUCGGUGGAAUUAGAACGACUAAAAAUUCAGUUAAACUCGCUACAAAAAACCGAACUCGAGCAGAACGAAAUUAUAAACGAGUUAACACACUACUAA